AUGGAAACGGAGGACAAUGCGGCACUUCUCGGCUCCGGCACCAGUGCACUUUUCGGUCGCAGCUUUGACGGCGGCAGCCGCAACGGAUCCACUAGCGGCCCGGCUCCAGGGGUCAUUGGGCUGCAUGAAUUCUCGGAGCCGUUAGCCGAUGAUUUUUGGGCCAGAGAGCUGCGCGCGACUACGGAGUACAGACCGGAAAAGAGUCAGUGGCCUUUCUGCACCGACAGCCGCGGCCGUGGCUAA